CAAACAAACCACCACGAUUCCAACUUCUCCAUCCAAAUUCGAUCAUUACACUUCUUCUUCCUCAUCUCUUUUCUCACACUGAAUAAUCUUUGGUCUUUAUCAGCCAUGCAAGGCUCUCUGCACUUCCCGGCCACCCCAACUACUCCAAAAGUAGCCUUUUCUCAAAGCUCAAACUCCUCUCCUUUCAUAUCAUGUAAAAUCCUUAUAAACCCUUCUAGAAAAACUACUACUCUCCCCCGGGAAACAACCAAACCGGCGCCGUUUAGGGCUCCGUCACCACCACUCGAAGUUACUAAACCACUGCCCAGAACACCAAAACCAAAGCCCAAACCCACUCUUCCUUUAACUCAUCUGAACCCGGUUCAGAAGCUAGUAGCCUCGGUGCUCGACACAAUAGAGAGCUCGCUAAUAGCGCCAAUGGAGAAAAACCAUAAACUGCCUGAAACGGUCGACCCGGCGGUUCAGUUAUCUGGGAAUUUCGCCCCGGUUCGAGAGUUUCCGGUUCAGAAGGGACUCGAAGUGACUGGUCAAAUCCCGGCGUGCUUACGUGGCGUUUACUUAAGGAACGGGGCUAAUCCCCUGUUCGCGCCCUCAGCUGGGCAUCACUUGUUCGACGGCGACGGUAUGAUACACGCCGUCAAGCUCGAAGCCGGCAACCGAGCUAGCUACAGUUGCAGGUACACGCGCACCAACCGGCUCCAGCAAGAAGCCAAGCUGGGUCGCUCCGUUUUUCCCAAGCCGAUUGGGGAGCUGCAUGGACACUCCGGCUUGGCUCGGCUCGCGCUGUACUUAGCUCGAGCUGGGAUCGGCUUAAUCGACACGUCGAGAGGAACCGGCGUGGCCAACGCUGGGCUCGUUUAUUUUAACGGCCGGCUGUUGGCUAUGUCCGAGGAUGAUCUUCCGUACCACGUUAAGAUCAAGGGAGAUGGCGACCUCGAGACGAUCGAACGGUUCGAUUUCGAGGACCAGCUCUUUUGUCCAAUGAUCGCGCAUCCCAAGGUGGACCCCGAGACGGGUGAGCUCCACGCGCUGAGCUACGAUGUGGUUAAGAAACCGUACCUGAAGUACUUCAGGUUCGACACGUGCGGAAAAAAGACACGUGACAUGGGAAUCAAGUUGGAACAACCUACGAUGAUACAUGACUUCGCCAUAACGAAGAACCACGUUGUGGUUCCAGACCACCAGGUGGUUUUCAAGCUAUCCGAAAUGAUUCGGGGCGGGUCGCCCGUAGUUUACGACCGGAGCAAGACCGCCCGGUUCGGUGUUUUGCCGAAAUCCGAAGUUGACGGGUCGGGUAUCCAGUGGGUCGACGUGGGAAACUGCUUCUGCUUUCAUUUAUGGAAUGCAUGGGAGGAAACUUCCACUAAUGGUGAGAAUAUCGUGGUUGUGAUCGGGUCGUGCAUGAACCCGCCCGAUUCGAUUUUCAACGAGAACCGAAACGAACCGCUUCGGAGCGAGUUGACCGAGAUUCGACUCAACAUGGUGACUCGGGAAUCGACUCAGCGAGUGAUAUUGCCGGGAGUGAAUUUGGAAGCUGGGCAGGUGAAUAGAGAGCUGUUAGGGCAAAAAACUAAGUACGUGUACUUGGCCAUAGCCGAGCCGUGGCCGAGGUGUUCGGGCAUUGCCAAGGUGGAUUUGGAAACCGGUGAGGUCACCAAGCACGUGUACGGGGCCGGCCGGUUCGGUGGUGAACCGUUUUACGUGGCGGAGAAGAGAAAGAGAAGUAGUGAGGAUGAUGAUGAUGAUGAUUAUAUUAAAAAUGGAUUAAUUAACACUAAUGAUGAUGAUUAUGGUAGUGAAGAUGUAGAUGAUGGGUACUUAGUGGGUUUUGUGAGAAAUGAGAAUGAGGAGAAAUCAGAACUGGUGAUUGUGAAAGCUUCGAAUAUGGAGGAAGUUGCUUCGGUGAAGUUACCAUCUAGGGUUCCUUAUGGGUUUCAUGGAACGUUCGUUAGUGCACAGGAUUUAGUUGAACAGGUUUAAAAGUAGCUAUAAAUAUAUAUAUAUAUAUAUAUGAUCAUAAUGUUAUAUAUGUAUACCUAAUAUUUAGAUUAACCUAAUAUAUAAUUAAGUUGUACGUGUAAUACAUAAUAUAUAUACUAAAUAUUGUUAAUUGUGUAUAAUAUCAUGUAUCUUUUAGUUGUUUUCUUGCCAUUUCAAGUAAAUUUUGUUGUAUUUAUCAUUUUUUUUUUAAUAAAUCAAGAGUAAAUUUUAAUAUAA